GAGCGCUGGUUGGCGGACAAGCGCCAGUAUGCACCUUGGCACUACAAGCGAGAGGCGAUGCUGACCAGCCCAACGGGCGAGAUGUGCGUUCCGUCAAGGAGCAGCUCCACGAAAUACCCCUGGACUACACCUGGGUCGAGGGGGUUUCGGAUAAGAGCCGACACCGCCUGGCUGGCACUGGGGAGUGCUACCGGGAUGCUCCACACUUCAAUGGCUGGCGUCCAUCUGGCGUCAAGCCCCGGCCUGGGGACCGCCCCCAGGUCAUGCAGGACCUCUCCGACUUGGCCUGGGGCUGGCGAGCCCGCGCCGCCGCCUGGGUGGGCGCCCGGGCGGCCCACGUCAAGGCGGUCUACGCAACGCCUGACAAGGACACGCCAGCUGGGCUCGCAUUCGGCCCAGACCAGGCUGGCCCUGGCACCGCCGGGAUGGCCGCGGCGUCCCUGCUGCCAACUUCCACGGGCUCGACCGCCUGGUCGCCACCUCCGGGAGAUAUCUUCGCGCCAUUAUCCAAGAGGACGAGGCAGGCAAGGUCAGAAGACUGGCAUCACAACGCUACAGUACAGGCCUCCGACGUCCGCUCACCGUCGGCUCGGCUGGCCCAACAAGGCGAGACAGUCCGGCUCUGGCGCCAUGACCUCCUCAACGCCUACCGCCAGUGGCCGGCUCGGGACUGUUUCGGGGCGGCGGCCUCGGUGUGGAACUUCAAUGGAGCAGGAGACGCGCUGCAGUUCCUCACUCGCACCCUGCUCUUCCUCGUGGGCGGCCACUACGUCGACGACUUCAACGGGGUGGAUGCCACGGACCUCGCAGACUCCGCCUUCCACGGCUUCGCCGACUUCUUCCUGCUCAUGGGACUCAACACUAAGGCAUCCAAGGCGCAGGAGCCCGGGCGGUCCCAUGUGGUCCAGCUCAGCCUGGGACGCGACGGCGCCACCUUGGCGCCGACCGAAAGGUGGGGCGGGCGGCGGUGGCGCCCAUUUACGCCAGAUCUGGCGCCCACUCGGUGCAACAAAUCCGAGCUCCCUCCUGGGCUCCAGGCCGCACUCCUGGCCAUUGCGGCACUGCUGGAACAGGUUAGACACAAAGCAGGAUGGGUGCCAGCCAAUGCCCCGAUGGCACAUCACCACCGAAGUGCCAACGGCUGGGGCUACGUCGUCCGGGUGGGCGACACCGCGUGGUAUGACUCCGGCUCAGUGCCAGCCUGGUUCGUGCGGAAAUUCGGCGCCAGGCGAGCCUACAUCUACAUGCUCGAGGUCCUCGCUCAAAUCCUCGCAGUCGUGACCCUCGCCGACGCCCUGGGCGAGGAUUGGGUGGCCUUCAUAGACAACGCUGCAGGCCAGUGGGCGUUCAAUAAGGGCUAUGGUCGAGACCCAUCAGUCAACGACCUACUCUCCGCCUUCUGGUCCCUGGCGGCAAUGCAUUCAUGGAGGCCUACCUUCCAUCGAGUGACCUCGGAGGCCAACAUCGCCGACCCGAUAUCUUGGGCGGACUGCACCAUCGCC